GGCAUGGAAGCUUUUGAAUUUGAUUCUUUUACGGAGGUUUCAGACGUUACUCUUGCUUCAAAAUUCUUGCAUGCUUAUCUGAACAAAACCUCUGAAGGAUUAUUCAAACCCUCCCUGGAACUAUGUACUACAAGUUUAACUGUUGAUCUGUCUCUCCAUGACACACUGAAAGCUAUCCAUCGGAAACGAGAUUUAGAUGCUCUCGAGCGUCUGCGCGUUCACCUCGAACGAAACUCAUGGCGUUACCAUCCUUCAUUCGAGAAGAUGAACCAAGUGAUUCGCGCCAUGGAAUCUACGGGGAAGAUACAGGAUGUGGCGGUCAAUGAGUUCAAUCGACCAGUUUGGAGCCCUCUGAGGCAUACUUCCGAUACUCGUGUGGCUGAAAACAUUCAAAAGCUUCGAAUACCACUGGGGAAAUCCGAGAAAGUGCCUCUUGUAAUUCUUCAUAAGCUUGGCAGUUUUCAACAUGACUCGUUACUUAGGAAGAGAUUGAAUCGCAUAUUUUCUCCUCUGAAUCAUACCUUUCUGGUCAAUACUUCAGGUACCGGGAAAACCAGACUCCUCUUCGAAGGCCUUUGCCUUCAUUGGGGCUUUUAUCUUACAUGUGCCAUAGACACGUCGCUGCUUGGAGCGGGGGACUUCGCGCAUGUCGUAACCAACGUCAACGACGACUACAAUUGGAAACCGCUUGUGCCUCCCAUAUCUGACCCCACACACAGCUCGGUCGUUCACGACAACAUACAUGUGGUCUACCGCACAUGUAGUGAGGCGUUGCUAGCCAGGCUGCUCAUAUUCAACGUGUAUUUGAAAGCUUGUUCGAAGGCGGGCUUUUCUCAUGAUCAACGAAGACGUUGGCUAGAAUCACAGAUAUUUCCACUCAAUCUCAUCCCCGCAUUCGAUCCUUUCUGGAAGAUCAAAAACUCGAUUUCCACCCUCCAACUAUCUGAUUCAAUCCUUGAUCAAGCGAUUUCUCAUACGUUGGAGGAUAUCCAAAGUAUCUGGGAUAUGCCUGCUGGAGAACAUUUUUAUGUUGUCCUGGACGAAGCAAAUGUAGCUUCGACGAAGCAUCGCUGGGCCUUCUCGGAUGACUAUGGCCGUUAUCCCAUUCUAAAGGAAAUGCUGCGCGCUUUGAGACGCAGGCUAGGUCAUUUGCCUGUGAGAUUUGUCGUCUCCGGGACCAUAAUUCAAUCAGAGCAUUUUCAGUCAGCGGUCGGAGAAUGGGCUGAUUUUCGCUGGUGUUCGGAUACUGGAUCUUUCGACAAUCCCACGGAACAUCGGCGAUACGUUUCCCAGUUUUUGCCGCCGGAAUUAGUGAGUUCAGUUACAGGACAAGCUCUUUUGGAUCGCUCAUGGCAAUGGUUGCGUGGAAGGCAUCGCUAUACUGCAUCUUUCAUCGCAGUACUACUUAGCAGCGGCUUUGAAAGUCCUCAUUCACUGUUGGGAAAUUACAUUGAGAAUAUCUCCAACUACUUUCCCCCUGAUAAUUCUGAGUACACAUCAGGAGAAUCGGUUCUUUUCGAUAAAUGGUACGACUCACUUGGUGACAGCGGUCUAAGCGAAGGAUGGAUCAGCGUUAUCGAGAUGCACCGAGCAGUCAUCAGCUUUCUGGUUACCUCGCGCGGGUGUCACGAUUGUUCAACCAACGAGAGAGCACUCAUCAGUGAAGAUUACGGUUUCUUCAUUGAUCCCGACUGCUCCCAAAUAGCUUUGGAUGAACCCCUAACUAUAAUGUACGGUGCGGGGUGGCUCAAGAAAACCAAUAAGAGAUCGCGCUUUCAGAUCACAAACUUCGAUAUUUUUGACUCUCAUCAUGGCACGGACGCACGUUCUUCUCAUUUUGCUUUCUUUCUUGCAUUGUUGUUUGCAUCAAUGUUUGAUGGUUUAACACAAAUUUCAAAUGCAUUCACAGUAUCUGGAAUAUCUACUCCUUUCCUCGAAGCAAAACUUGUCACAUUCACCCGUAUUGGCCCUCGACUAGAAGCGAGAGAUGUACAUUUUACAGAUCAUACUCCCGACCGACUCGUGUUGUUGGCUACUACCCCGGAAGAGGCGCUCUGUUGGUUCAAACACGAGCGUGAUGAACCAUUUUGCGCCUUGCAAUAUUCCUCAAGCACAAGUGCAACACUGGUCUUUUGUCUUCAAUUUUCUGACGCGCGGACUUCUUGGGUCUUCGUUCGAGUACCUUCGACGUUCCAGAACAAGGAAGAAACGGAUUUUGCCCGAGACAUACAGGAUCUCCAUCCAACCGAAAUUUUUCGUGAUCAGUCAGAAGUCGCUUCGCUCCUCAACCAGAUACCGGAUCUCUGUCUCGAUGCGGGUCCAUCUGGUAUGCUGCGUAUUUCUGGGUCGUUCUGGGUUGAAAAAGCGACCGAAGAGAGCAUUCCGCAUGAACUCUAUCCCUCUGGGAUUUUGAACAUUGAAGGAUUAAGCGGAGCUGCGAAAAGUAUUUCCGAAGACAUGCUCAUGCGUCGUCUUUCUCGAAUUUUCUCUCAAAGGAAUGAGGUAACUGUUGUACCUCCGGCGUCAGCUACUGAAGCUCCCAAAGAACAAGGUCAAAAACGAGGAAGAUCCACGACGAUUGACGAUGACGUUGGUACGGCAACCUCUGGGACAUCCCGAUCCAAAACAAAAAACCCCCCGAAGUCUACCAGGAGCGACCAUGCUGCUUCGUCAGGCUCUAGCACUCGAGGGAGAAAAGCUCGCAAAGGCGCGGGCAGAAGUCUGCGAUCCCGUCGCAUCCCAAGCAAAAUUAGUAAUGUUGCAACAGGACGUGCUUCAGCAAGUGCUCCUCGCUCUGAUCGAGUUGAACCCACUGCUUCCUCUUCUUCGCACACCUCUCCGUAUAAUUUGCGCAAGCGGUAAGCUACAUCUUUGUAUUGUAUCUCAUGUUGUCGCGUUAUAUAUUCAUUAUGGAUUAUUUUUACUGAAACACCACAUUCUCGUCUAAUAUUCUCUAUCGCAUUUACACGUGAGAAAACUCCGAAUCCGGGAGUCCGCUACCUUUAUCUUCAUCGUUCUCCCUUUUCAACCAACUCUGUCUCCGUCAUUCUCGCUCUCUAACCA